UCUUAUCAGGAUAAUAAAACGAUUAAUUCAUAAAGAAGAAGAAGGCAAUUGUAAAAAAUGAGUCACGUGUACGAAGGGCCCUUGGCCACCUACAACAGUCUGACGGACAAGAACCUGGCCGGCUACUUCUCUAACACUCGGAUGAGGAGGCACCUCCGCAAGUCUGGACUGGUCAACAAACAUGGAGAGUUAAUUUCAGAAAAUCAGUAUCGUCUGAACAUGGCCAGGAAAGAGCACAAGAAGCAUGUAAAAGAUAUGCUGGCACAGGCCAUCGUUCACAAGACCCUGGACAUGGAACGCAAUCGACAGGUGGAAAUCCGGAGGAAGCUGGAGGAAAUAGCCAAGAUAGAAGUUGUGAGGAGGGUUCGGAGCUCAAGAGGGAGGAAGGGGGAUGAGGAGAUAUUGCCAUAUUUAUCGCUGCGAUCUAGUCGCUCCGCCAGUCGCCCAGACACAGCCGACCAGAGAUAUCGGCCCCAGAGUGCUCCCUCAACAAAUCAGUAUGAUGCUGGCAUUGUGUAUGUGGAUGAACAUGGACGCCGUUUAAGUCCAAAUGGUCGAGAAGAAUUCAGAACAAAGAAAGCCAGACCAGAAGAUCUGGAUACCAAACACCUAUAUGCUCUUGACUCGGCAGCCCUGAGGAAGUAUGCGUUACAGUUGUCCCGUAUUGAGCAGGAAUCCAUGUCUCCCUAUCUAAUGUCCCCUAUCCCCAGCCCACCCAGGAGCCAGAGAGGGAGUCGUGUGGGGUCCCGUGCACACAUAAGAUCCCGCCCCAGAACAGCAGAACCCCGGAGCAGUGUCAGCCCUAGGGAGAAGAAGUCAGCUCAGUCAUCGGAGAAAAGUUCUGAGAGGAGUUACAGUGUUAUCUCUGAUAAAGAACACACUGCAAAGGGUACCCCGACCCGGGGGCCACCCAAUGGUCACCACAGGCGCCCACUUAAUAGACCCAGAGUUGUGGAAGGAACACUGAUGUUACACAGACAAGAGCCAGCCAUGAUGCACCAGGGAGAGGUCCAGACCCUCUGUGAGAUCACGAUGAAGUACCAUGGACCUAACCUGACCCUGCCGCGGGACCAGUAUGACCCCACCCAGAGUGUCACAAUAGAUCAACAACACUGUGGGGGAAAUACUCUCCCUGUGUUCAAAGAAAACCUGAAGCCUAGUGACACCUUUAGUUUUAUCUCACGUCGCCAUCGUGGUUAUCCCUUCAGUCUGACGAUCUAUGUCGAUGGUCGAGUUGACUGUCGGGUUAGCACCUGCUGUGAGUACAAGCAUGCUAAAGGGGUCAAGCUGGGUGGGAAAAUGGGACAUUUCAGUCUACUGAAAGUGGAAGGUGCUACUCCAUGCUAUAAGUGUAAGCUUAAUACCCAAGCUAGUCCAAGAAGUUUGAAAAGGCCACCAAAAACCAAAACCCCUAAACAGCCUGAGCAGCUGAAGGAGGAAGUCAUUGUGGUGGACAGACGCCAUGUACAGGAGCUGAGUGAUGGAGUCAAGGAUGAGGAGGAGGAGGAGGAGAAUGUGGAAAUUCCCGUGGAGGAUGAUUCCACCCAACAAAAGAACAAAUAUGACACGUAUAUUGACCCAAACCCUCCCGAGGACAACAGUGAUGACAAAUACGAGGAUGAUUUCGAUGAUGAUGAAGAGGAAAAGAAGGAAGAAGAAAAAGAAAGACCCAAGUCUGCCUCAUCAAAAUCGUCUUCAAGGUCUUCAUCUAGGUCUUCUUCCCCAUCCUCUGAGGAGGAAGAGGAUGUUGACAGAAAUGCUGUGACUCACAUCGUGUAUGAGGACAAGAAGAAGACAAAUAUUGUAGGACUACCUGCUGAUGAGGACACCAAAACAGAGAAGACAGAGACGGACAGAGACAGCAUCAGUGAAAUCAGAAAGGUUUCUGGUUAUUCUGAUGAAGAAGAGUACCCUGAUGGAAAGAAGUAUAGUAAAGAGGAAAAUAUGGCAACAAAAGUUGUACAAGAGGAAAAGAAAAGUUUCAGAAGGAGAAGUUUAUCUAGUUCAUCAUCCAGCUCAUCAAGCUCCAGGUCAAGGUCAAGAACACCAGAGAAGGUCAUUGUUCCACGAACUAGAUCACCAGCAAGAUCACCUUCCCCUCCAGAAAAGAGAAAAUCUCCAUCUCCUGAAUUGAAGAGAAAGUCCCCAUCUCCAGAACCAGCAAGAAGAUCUCCUUCACCAGUAAGAAGGUCUCCUUCUCCUGUACGGAGGGCAUCUACAUCUUCAGAGUCGUCCACUUCGUCAGUUCAUGUAUCAGAGCCUGAAGAGAAAGAGGAAACUGCAGAGAAAGUUUUAAUUGGAAAAUCAUCCAUAAAUACUGAAACUCGCACACCUCAGAAGACACCCAUUAUAAGAAAGGAUUCCGUGCCACUGGAGUUUAAUUACACAAGUUAUUCAGAAUCUGUUGCAAGCAGUGAUGUUGGAAAACCAAUUCCAGAAGAGGAAGUUCAUAGACAGCGGCCUUUAUCUCCACUUCCCCAAGAAUUCCAAUACAAGAAAAAAUUUGAAGAUGACAAUGUUAAUCGUCCAACCUCACCAAUGCCAACUCUUGCUAAGAGUUUCAGAAAAGUUUCAACGUCAUCAAGUUCAUCAUCAGAUGAGGAGAAAAGACGAGUCACUACCACUGCAACUAUAGAGAAACAAAAACCUGCUUCAAGUGAAUCAGAGAGUGAAGACAAAAAGGGAAGCUCAAGCAGUAGGUCAAGUUCUAGCACAAGCUCAUCAGAGACAACAAAAGCUGUUCCUGAAAAAAGUACCCAACAGAGUAAAAUAAUAGAGGAAGAAAAGGCAGUUGCCUCAAAGGAGAAGAGCAGUAGCAGCAGCUCUUCUAGUGAAUCAUCUUCAGAAUCAGAAGCAGAAAAGAAGACAACUCCUCCAAGAAAGAGUCCAUCCCCACCUCCUAAGGCUGAAUCAAAGAAGGAAUCUUCUUCAUCAAGCAGCUCGUCCAGUGAGUCGGAAACGGAAACAGAUCGUACUGAAAAUGAAAAAGCAACAAAGACUCCAAGCCCUGUGACAGAGGAAAAGAAAGAGUCCCCUGAUGUUCCUUUGGCUCAACAAAGAAAACUGUCUACCAGCUCUAGUAGUAGCUCAAGUAGUUCAUCAUCUUCAGAAACUGAAGAAGCAGAGGAACAAAAGCAAACUAAACCACCAUCUCCACCACCCCAAGUAAUGGAGGAAACAGUUAAAGCAAAGGAAGAUGAGAAAGCUAAAGGUGCUGGAGAAGCGAAGGCAAGUUCAAGUAGUUCUGAUUCGAGUAGUAGUGACUCUUCUGAAACUGAGACUGAUAGAUCAGAGAAGCCACCUGUAACACAAAAAGCUCCAUCUCCGCCUCCUGUUCAAAAGCCACCGUCUCCUGUACAGGAAAAGGAGGAAAACAAAAAAUCUACAGAGGAUACCAAAAAAGAUGAGUCCAGUGGUAGUGAGGAUAGUAGUUCUGACUCAGAUUCCUCUUCUUCUGAUUCUGAAAGUGAGGUCGAGGAGAAAAAGAAACCGGAAGAAAGAAAUGGUGAAAAAGAUAUAACCGUUCAAGAUUCAAAAGCUGAUAACAAGCUUACAGACUUGCCUGUAAGUGAGAGUGAUACGGACAAAAAAGUGUCUAUAUUCACUAGUGACACAGAUGGAGACAACAUGCAUGGAGGGAAUGAUCCAGAUGAUGUGGAGGGUGGUGGUGUUGGCACCACAUCUUACCUGUCUCGUAUUGGAGUCAAACCAGGAACUCCACUUGAGGGAUCUGUCACACCACUGUUUGAAGGAAAACCAGAUGUAGAUCUAAACAGCGUAGCUCUUUCUGAUAAACAGGUUUUAGAAAUAACAGAAUAUUUGAUAAAACAAGAUGAUGUGAAGACGUUUUGCAUACGAAAUGCUAGUUUGGGCCAUGACAAGUUUGUAAAUGUUGUAGGAGCCUUGAAAACCACAAAAUCUGAUAUUCAGAUGGUGAAUUUAAAUUUAAACAAAUUGAAUGCAGCAUCUGCAAAGGAAAUCGGCGAGCUUUUUGUUGAAAAGCCGUCACUUCAAAUUUUGCUGCUUCAUGGAAACCCACUUGGAGACAUGGGGACAAAAUAUAUAGCAAAUGGUCUUUUAGAUGUCCAUGCUGCUUACCUUUCACACAAACACGAAGAAAACCAGCCUAAGUACUGCCAGCUUCAGGAACUAGACCUGGGGGAUACUCUCAUGGGAGAUUCGGGAAUGGAACACAUUGCAGAGCUUCUUGAGGCGAACACAUCACUACGGACCCUGAAUCUUAACGGGAACACUAAAAUCACGUUGGUGGGGUGGAAGAGACUGGCAAAAGCCCUUAAGAAGAACACUACACUACGGACAUUAUCUCUAGACUUCAACAAAAUCGGGGAUGAUGGUAUCUCUGCUCUUGCCAGUGGAUUGAAAGACAACCAAACGCUGAAGGUGCUGGAAUUAGAGGAAGCCUCGAUUUCGGAGGAGGGAGGAAGAAAGUUGGUGGAACUGUUAAAAUGUAAUACUACUAUUUUGGAUAUUACUGUCUCACCGGGAAAUGCCAUACCUGAUAAAAUUAGAGGCGAAAUUCAUAAUUAUCUUGGCCUUAAUAGAGCUGCUUCUCAACCUAAAUCAUUUAAAUAGAUUGCAUGUUUAAAAUGUUAUUUCUUCACUUUUAAGCAGUUUUAGUAUGUAGAUAUUAAUUCAUGUUAAAAAUAUAUGAUGCUUAUUGGAUGUACAUGUAUGUGCUAGUUUUGUUGGGUUUGAAAAAAGUUUUAGGGUGAAAGUAUUUGUGGGGAUUGAAUCAUAUGUGUGCUUUUAGAUAUAUAGAGACAAUUGAGAUGUUGAUUUUUUUGUAAAUCAAUAUUUAAAUAUUUUGUGAUACAUAUGUGAAAUUGUAGAAAGACUAGCAGUGUGUAGGUGUUUAAAAUUCGUUCAUUUUCCCUUAUGAUUAAAGAUGAUAAAUGUAUUUCGGCUAAAAUUUAAUCUUUUUAAGGGAUUUUUUUUUCUUUUAAUUAUUAAACUUUUUCAAAAAUAAAAUUAAUCACGGUAGUUGAAAUUACUUACGUGUAUUUUAGAAUUCAUAUUUGCAUUUGAAUAGAAUAAUUUAAUGCUUUUUUAUAAUAUAAAUUCCAAAUAGACUUUAAGAUAUUUUUAAAUAGAUUUAGUAUAUUUAUAUGAAUCAAUUUUCCGUCCAGUGUUAUUUACAAGAGCACAUAUUUUUUAUUUUCAUUGUGAUUCGUCUUUUUAUGGAGGUACAUGUAUACGUAUAGAAACAAGUCUCAAAAGAACCCUGUGAUAAUUUUAUAUAUAUUUUAACUUCAGUUGUUUUGUCAGUAUUUUAUAGUCCUCAGCAUAACACCCCAAACAAAAAUAUUUCCUAUCCCUUAAAGGUACAACGAUAUAGAUUAAGCCUUAAUUUGGCUGUUUGACAUCAAAUGGUUGUGAAUUUUUCUCAUUUCUUUAAAUUUUAUAAAAUAUUUUGAUUAUCUUGUUAAGAUCUUGCUCAGACUUGCUCUUUUACAUUUCUAUAUACAAUAUUCAGAAGGGACAUUCCCUAAUAUAUUUUUGCUGUUAUUGUUUUAGUUUUAAUUUGUGGGUAAUAGCAUGCUUGUAUUCCAGAUGUAACAAAUAUUUGUUGUUUGUUUAUUGUUAAAGUUGAUAAAUCUGAUUCUGCCAUUCCAUGUAGUCUGUGCAUAGUUAAAUAAAAUCUAGAAUU